CCACUAUCCAUUUCACUGGGCUUCUCCGCGUUUCGCCUUUUCAAACUAACUUAGGUGAGUCAGGAAUGUUCCCCCAUAUCCGGUCAGAUUGCUAUCGAUCACCCAGACAUUUGGUACUCAUCAUUGUUUGUGUUCUGUUUUCUUCCAAAUGUCGAUGCUGAAUAUCACGUGAGCCCAGUGACCUCAUUGACCCCCGGACGGCACUUGAGUAAUACACUAGAGGUAGCGUCUGAAAUCCCCAUAAACCUUAUUUCUACCUGCCUCCUCUGAAAAAUAUAGUGACAAGGAAGAUUAAUACCAUUCAGAUUCAUUGAGAAGUCUGUUUUUGGGAAUGCUGGUCAUUCCAUGAAGUUGGCAGACUAGAAAUGAGAGGAGGGAAAAUCUAAAGAAUACAAGACUACGGCCGGAACGAUUUGAUAAUAUCGCGACUUCGGGAUGUGGUCACAAUUGGAACCUACGGCACCACAUGUGGCCUACUUGACUCUCUCUAUGUUUCUGAUCAUAUACGCUCUGUUCUCGCUCUUCAUCAGAAAUGUAUUGCAUCUCUCUGAACCACCUUUGGCCGUUCUCUAUGGGAUCAUACUUGGCCCUAAUGUCUUGAAUAUCGUAACGCCCCGCCAAUGGGGAAUGAACGACCAAAUUCUCCAAGAAGUCACUCGCAUCAUCGUUGGAGUUCAAUGCUUCGCAGUUGGUAUCGAGCUACCCAAACACUACUUUAGAAGACACUGGCCCUCUGUGCUCUACUUCCUGGGCCCAAUCAUGACCUUCUCAUGGGCCAUAACAGCCUUCUUCGCCUACUUCAGCUUCCAAACCAACUUACCAACCGCCUUAAUCAUCGGCGCCUGUCUAGCCCCCACAGAUCCUGUGCUCGCAGCAAGUGUCCUCUCGAAAUCACGCUUCAGUCAGCGAGUUCCCAAGAGGUUGAAACACCUCCUAUCCGCCGAGUCAGCCUGCAACGACGGCAUCUCCUUCCCAUUCCUUUAUAUCGGCCUCUGCGCUCUAAAAUACUCCAGCACAGACGAGGCAGUCAAAGAAUGGAUCCUAAUCACCGUCCUCUGGCAAUGCGUCUUCGGCAUCACCCUGGGUCUCAUAAUUGGAAAUUGUGCCAACAGACUCCUCCGUUUCUCAGACCAACGAGGCUACAUUACCAGACCAUCCUUUGUUGUAUUUUACCUCCUUCUCGCCAUCCUUUCCGUAGGCGUCGGAUCGUUCCUCGGCAGUGAUGACUUCCUGGUGGCUUUCGGAGCAGGUAUAGGAUUCGCCCACGACGGCUGGUUUGCCAAGAAAACAAAAGAACUGCCUUUCCCAACAAUCAUCGACCUGGUUCUCAACAGCACUAUGUUCGUGUUCUUCGGCUCCAUUAUCCCCUGGAAGAAAUUCCUCCCUAGCCACGUAACCCCGAAUUGUGGUAUCUGGCAACUCGCUCUCUUCCUGAUUCUCGUUCUAAUCUUCCGUCGGAUACCUGUUGUGUUGGCGAUGAAGAGAUUCAUCCCUGAUAUUAGAACCUAUCGGGAAGCGCUCUUCUAUGGGCAUUUUGGCCCGAUGGGAGUAGGAGCUUUGUUCCUUGCGAUGGAGGCAAAAGUGGAACUGGAGCCGGGGGAUGGAGUGCCAUCGCCGCGUCCCGAGCACAAGCAUCCGCUUGGGAGUAAGGACAAGCCAAUAUACCUUGUGUGGCCGGUAAUCUGCUUCGUGGUGUUAGGGAGUACGAUUGUGCAUGGAUUGAGUACGGUGGCGAUCAGUCUGGGUGGAAGUAUCGCGAGGAAGAGUGGUGAGAGAGCGCCACUGUUGGGACAAGAGACGGAUGCUCUGGAGCAUAUGGACCAUGGUGUUGGCGAUGGGGGUAGUGAGCCUGAUGUCAGUGGGACUGACGAAGACUGAAGUCUAUGCAAGUAUUGCAGCACUGCGCGUUGGCGAGGGGGCGUUCGGAAUGAGAAUAUAUGGCAAUGCGAGAUCCGGAGCCUUCCAUAGAGAGAACCGCCUAUCCAAUAGACACACUUUUAUCCUCCAAAU